UAUGCUCAGAUUAGUGAGCAGAGUGAGGUUUUGUGUAGCUCAAAGAAAUUUCUUUGUGUUGCCUCCAUUGUAUCCAGAGAAAGAGGACAUGGCAUACAGACCUAAGAUUACAUCCUAUGAUGAUUCAUAAAAGCAAUUGCAUGCUGUUUAUAAGAAGAAAUUGGGAAAAAUUAAAAGUAGAGUGACAUAGUAUUUAAAUUAAUUAAAAAUAGACGAGUGAGAGAGAUGUAGCCUAAAUAAGAAAUCAAAUUGGAAUUGAAUUAAAAGAAUAGUUAAGAUUUACUAUAAAAUGUAUUGAAACAUGUCUACAUUGAUGAAGAAACUAAUUGUCCUUUAGGAUUAUUUUUUGAUGACUUUGUUUAUGAUAUCAAGAUGAAAAGAGGACAACAAUAUGAAGCAGAAUAUAAUCGUAAAGUUUAAGGAUUGUUAUCUUAAAUGGUAUUUGAUAUAUUUUAAAUAUAUAGAGAGUAAUGUCAGAAACUGAACUAUUACAAACAUCUCAAGAUUUAUUGGUUAAAAGUGAAGCACCUGAAUAUAUAGCAAAAGCAAGAAAGGUUGUUUUUGAUAGAUUUUUAGAAGGAAUUAAAUAAUUACCAGAAGAGGAAAGAAAGAAAAUUUUAGGUGAUGAUGCUUAAGAUUUUGAUAAGAAAUUAACUGAUGAAGCAAUUUUAAAUAAAUAUAUAGAUACUAAUUCUGUUAAUACAGUAGCUGAAGAGAUGGCAAAAGAAAAUUUGUAAAAGGAUUUAUAAGAUUUUUAAAUUUAUGAUCCAAAAUAUAAUGAUAAAAAUUAAUAACUCACUUUUGGAAAAGCUUAUCUAAAAGAACUUGAUUUCUAUGAAUCUGGAUGCACUGUUGAAGAAAUAUCAGAUGAUGAAAGAUUAUUAAAAAUGAGAUAUAUUAGACCAUCUGAUGGUUAAGAAGCAUUAUAAACUGAAUAGUCUAUUGUUGAUAAAGUUAAUUUAAAUUUUGUUAAAAGAGCCUAUUUGAAAAGAUUAGCUGAUAAAUCAUAAGAACCUAAAGAACCAAAAAAAUUAAUAAAUGCUAAAGAUCAAGAAGAAUUAGAAUUAAAACGAUUAAGAAAAUACUUUAAAAAUUUAGAUAAAUAAUCCUUAACACUUUAAAUGAAAGCAAAAUAAAUAGAUAAAAGAAUUAAUGAUCCAGUCAAAUUCUAAGAUAUUGUUAAUAAUAUAGACUUUUUAUUAUUAGGUGCUCCUAAAUUCAUAAAAGAUUUGUAUAAGGAUCCAAAUAAUAAAAUUAAAGGAUAUGAAUCUGUAUUUUAAGAUUUAGAGAAAACUAAAGGAUAAAGUCUAUUUUGGAAAGAUUUUAAAUCUUCAUUUGAGACUAUCUUCCCUGAAAUUAAACUCAAUAAAUAAUAAGAUACAUUUGUAGACAUUAAAAAACAACCAUAUAAUAGACAGUAUAAUAUAAUCAUAUCUUAGUGUUAAAGAAUUAUUUUAGGAAAAGGUAGAUGAAGUAAAAUAAGAUGAAUAUCAAUUUUCAAUUGAAUUAUAUAAAGAAUUCCAACAACCUAGUAAUUUAGAAUUCUUCCAUCAUUAUUUAACAAAUAUUUUCAAAUUGAAUAGAGAAUAAAUAAAUGAUGGAUUAUAAGCUUUUGGUGAUAAUACAAAUCCAUAUACUUAUGAAAUACCAAGCACAGCAAUGAUGGCUGAUGAUGUAGAUCCAGAUUUUAAGGAUGUUGUUGAAGAAGAAGUUAAGAUUGAGGAUUUCAAAGAAAAGAGUGCAAUUUAGAUUGAUUAAUUAAUAGAAAAAGAUUAUAGUGAAUCUUCUUUACUUUAUUAUGUAGGAAGAGGAAGAAGAAAGUCAUCAAUUUGUUAUGUAUAAUUAAAGAAAGGGGUUGGAGAAGUUACUAUAAAUGGUAAAAAUCUUAUUAAUUACUUUACUCAUCCAUUUUAUAGAAGAACAGCAUUAAGAGUUUUAGAAUUAGCUCAUUUGUCAUGUUUAGUUGAUGUCAAUGUGUAAAUAAUCUAAUUAAAAUCAUUAGUGUAAUAAGAGGAGGUAGUUAGUCAGCAUAAUCUCAAUGCAUAUGCUCAGCUUUAAGUAGAGCCAUUGUAAAAAUGUGUCCGAGUAUCAAGGGAAUAUUUAGAAAAUUAUUGUUAACUAGAACUGAUAGUAGAUAAGUAGAAAGAAAGAAGCUUGGUUUAUAUAAAGCUAGAAAGAAGUAUCCUUAUAGCAGAAGAUGAG